UUGAGAGAAAAUCGUCGCCUAGACAACAUCGUCUUCUAUGUUCGAAAUCGUCUUCCGAUCAAGUCGAAUUGACUGAAUACAGAUAACAAGAAAAAACUAUUUGGGACUAAACGAAAAUAUCUAAAGGCUAAAGGAUAAAAACGAAAAACCGAAUAUUCAGCAAAGAGUGUGCCAAAAAUUUGCAACAAAGCAAUAGCAUUAAAAUUAGAUUAAUAGAGGCAGCAGCGUUAUUGUUUAACAAAUUGUCCUAGUAUCUGUGGCACAUUAGAGCAUAGAAUCUUUGAAUCUUUGAGUUCUGAUAAAUUAAAAAUAUAUAGAGCCGCAAUAGAACAGCGGAUACAUCGAAAACUUUUCAAGACAAAACUGCAAGGAAAGAGGAAGGAAAAUGGCUCAACCCCAGUUACUGCAAAUCAAAUUGUCCCGUUUCGACGCCCAACCCUGGGGCUUUCGAUUGCAAGGUGGCGUUGAUUUUGCCACACCACUGGUCGUGCAGAAGGUAAAUGGCGGCAGUUUAGCGGAAAAGGCUGGGCUCAUCCCAGGAGAUGCUGUUCUAAAGAUUAACGAUGUUGACGUUUUCAAUUUGCGGCAUAAAGAUGCACAGGACGUAGUUGUACGUUCUGGAAACAAUUUUGUUUUGACCGUGCAAAGAGGAGGCUCUACUUGGCGCCCACAUGUAACACCCACCGGCAAUAUCCCACAGCCCCAGCAGAAUUCUCCAUAUUUGCAAACAGUGACGAAAACUUCUCUAGCUCACAAACAACAGGAAUCGCAACACAUUGGCUGUGGUUAUAACAACGCUGCUCGACCAUUUGCCAAUGGCGGAGAUGGUAAUGUCAAGAGUAUCGUCAAUAAACAAUACAACACGCCAGUUGGCAUUUACAGCGAUGAAUCUAUUGCCGAAACUCUUUCAGCUCAAGCUGAGGUCCUGGCAGGCGGUGUCCUUGGUGUCAACUUUAAAAAAAAUGAAAAAGAGUACCAACCAGACAAGUCGGAAGUACUGAAGUUCUUGCGCGAAGAAGAAACUGGCGCUUCGACUCCAGAACCACCGGCUCCGGCAAAUUUCUAUUGGACUCAAAGCCACGCCAUCGGAGGCAAUGAGCGUCGUACACCAUUAUCUCACAAACAUCAACAGGUUAUACAAGAGGAGCAACCACAGGAUGAGUCCAUUGGUACAAAUUUGCAAGAAAAUAAGUUAGCCGCGAGCUCGGCACAGCGGCCCAGCCUCGCACAGCCAGCAAAGCCUUCAUCUUCUGAACCCGCCGAUCCGCGCGUCAUCAUUAUGCCAGUGUGCCCGGCAUUGCAAGGACCGGAAUACAAAGCGGAAAUGGAAGCGGCCGCCGCUGCCUUGCAGCACGACGACGGUCCGCGUCCAUUGUCGGCCAGUGGUCAUCCGGCAUGUGCAUUAUGUGGUGUUGGCAUUGUUGGAGUGUUUGUGCGCAUCAAGGAUAAGAAUUUGCAUGUCGAGUGCUUUAAGUGUGCUACCUGUGGAACUUCCUUAAAGAAUCAGGGGUAUUACAACUACAAUAACAAACUCUAUUGCGAUAUCCAUGCAAAGCUCGCAGCGCUUCAGAACCCACCAUCUGGCACCGAUGGCUAUGUUCCUGUACCAAUAAAGCCAAACACAAAGCUAAGUGCCAACACCAUCUCCUCAGCUUUAAAUGCUCACGGGUUUAGCGAAAUUCCCGUGGCUAAUGGAGGAAGCGUUGCUCCACCUACAGCUCCGACGGCGCCAUCUCAAGAUGGUUUACAAAGGAAUAACAUUGACUUGCCAUUACCGCCACCUCCCUCACCUACGUCAUUACAGCAGUUAGGGAUGGAUAAUGGAUCUGAAAUAACACAAGAGCUGAAUAGGCUCCCGUCGCUUUCAUCUGCGUCGAAUAGUUUGCCCGCCUCAUCUCCCGGUCAUAUGUCACAAAUUGAGGUUAUGAUGGAAGGAACUGUAGAUGAAAUGUCCAGUGGAUACGUUUCGACUUCACCAUUGAAUUCGCAUCAAGCUUCCUCAACGUCUUCUUCAACGUGUGGCAUCAAGACCAAUAAUAAUGCGGUCACACAGAUAGCAGCCUUACCACCACCUCCUCCACCACUUCCUCCAUGUAGUCAAGUGCGACAGCAAAACGAAUAUGACAUGAACUCUCAAAAUCAGUUUGACAGCGGAGUUGGCGGGGAGGGCUUUGGGGGUAUUAGUCAUGACAGCUCAGUUGGGCACAGCGGCGAUGGCAAACAUUCGUUAUCAGGUGGAGAUUAUAACAAGUUUUUGAAAGAGUAUUCCAACAAGUUGCUUACCCUAACCAAACAGAACAACAACAACACUCUCUCGAAUACCAAUAUAUUGAAUGAUGGCCUAACCCCAAAUGACAAUGCCAAUAGUUAUAACACAAACAAUCUUAUCAAUUCAUACCACAGUCCCAGCAAAAAAUCGACACAGACACCAGUACAAGCUGCCACACAUUCACUUCAAACUUGUGAUUCCACUACAAUUGGUUCAACAAAAACACGACCCACACAACAUUCGGCCGCUGUUGCUUUAUCGCCGACGUUCGCUAACCAAUUGAAAUUUAAUUCCUGUCAGCAGGUUGCAAAACCAGCAGCAACUUUAGACCCACCUCCGCCAGCUACACCGGAUUCUUUAUCCACCGCUCCAGCAAGUACUGCAAUUAGUUCAACAAUCGCCAACUCGACUCUGUUGAACACUGCCAACAACAUUAAUUCAAGCAACAAUAAUAGAGAAAGUGAGCAAUUGGAAGGUGCGACUCAAAGUAUUCACGGCAAAAGUACAAAUUUCUCUUCAGGAAUGCUGGCAAACCCAUCUGCGGCACUGGACACUGCGUCGAAUGAUCAGCCAUUUGGUGAAUAUGUCACCUUAACGGGCAGUGUAAUUCGCAGUGUUGUGCCACCUGGUAAGGGUGUAAACAUCAACUAUAAGGUUAAUCAGGGCUAUGCUAGGCCAUUUGGAGCUGCUCCAGCCGUUGCCCCGAAGUCGCCGGUUGCGUAUCCGCCGCAAAGGCCGGCUGUCAAUCCGUACGCUACAUUGCCGCGCACAAAUAUCGGCCAACAAGAUUCUGAUGCUAGCUUGCAACCGCAAUAUGCGGAAGAGUUGAAUUCUAACGCAGCACCAGCCGGAGUUGAUUACUUUGAAGAAGAUCAUGAGCUGUCCGAAGUUAACAGACAAAACCGCAGUAACUUCUCUUGGCCUCCACCAAAGGAGGAUAGCCCCAUUGUACCAACGGCGGCACCGCUUUAUAUUCCUCCACCAGAAACACAACAUGUUUUCGCCAAAGCAGCAAACGUUUCACAUUCGCAAAAGGAAGAUGAAGUGGUUAAUAAGCCAUCUUUGCAUGCAGAUGAAAUAAAAGAUAAUGAACACGAACAAAAUAUAAAGCAAUACCUUCGGUCGAAUCGACAAAGCAAGUCGGCACCACAUCUAACUAUAGAUUUGCAACCGCCUGAAAUUGAGUCUAGCUCGGAAAGUUUUACAUCGACAUCAACAACGACGACGACAACGUCAGAGGAAUAUCAACGUAUGUACGCCGCACAGGUGCAAGCCUAUCAAAUGCAACAAAUUUAUGAGCAGCAAUCCGGAUCAGAGUUAGAUUAUCAUAUGGAUAUGGAGGUUGCUACUAUGCAACAACAUCCACAAGAUUCCUCCUGUAUAAGUUCAUCCGAAUAUAUAUGUGGACGUCGUAGUGCUCAAGAAUGCGUUGAGUCCUUAGUUGCACCAUUAAAUACAAACAAAUUAAUCGAUAUGGUCAGGGAGGUAACACCUAGUCCAGUUCCUCCGCCGAAUAUCCAAGGAAAUAGACAUGUCGUCUUUAUAGACGAACCUGAGACAAAAGAAAUUCCAUCAUAUAGUGACGAAGAAUAUAAAUCUCAAACCCUAGCUAAAAGCGGCACAGUAUCUUCCAAUUCUACAGUUCCAUCUGAUUUACUAGAGGAAAGUGAAACUUUUGUUAAAACAGAACAUGCUGAAGUUCAGGAAAGUCAACGUAUUUUCCAACCCACUUCCGAAAUUAAAAUUGAAAUAGCUCCUGUACGACAAAUACCACCGUCUAAAAUACCUAACCCUGUGCCCAAGGAAUGGAUCAACCCCAUGGUUAGGGUAUUGACUACAGCUCCAGAUGUGCCCUUUCACUUAGUAGAGUGCCCAUGCCCAAAACCUUGCGAUGGUGAUUCAUUCGAACCAUUGGCGCAAGGUCAAACACCACAAGAAACUGUAAAAACUCAAGACGCAAAGGAGAAGGUGUAUGCUGAAGAAAUCUUACCUAUUGAAGAAACUCCACCCAAAGGUUCGUGGCUGGCGAAUGCUAUAACAACAGCACCAGAGUGGGAGGUACGCUUUGAGCCUCCUCCUUCACAAAUAAUUCCUCUUCCCGAAGAAACUAAGCCUUAUAUGCCACCGCCUAUUGAUAUGAAACCGUAUAUGCGAGAAGAUUACCGUCCCAAAUCGCCAUUUUUAAGUGCACUUACUACAGCACCAGAACGUCCCUUUGAAGGUCAUUUUGACAGGGAUGUGCCUAUUCAUUUGCUUGAUCUUCCCACACCCAAAGAGCAUUUGACCUUGUCAGAUGCAUUGUGCACGGCACCCGAACGUGCUUAUACACCAUUAAAUCCGGAAAACGCUACCAAUGUGUUUGAGGAACAAGAAAUCGAAAAGAAGAAAAAGAAACAAGAAUUUCAAGUUCUUAAUCGUGAAGAAGAAUUAGGUAUCAAAGCUCUCGAUAGUGAGUCCAUCGAAUACUAUACGACGGAAAGGCGAGAUUUUUCCCAACAUCGUAAAUCAUCCGCAUUUGCGGCAAUGCAAGCAUUCCAACCAACCCAAGAGCCUUUAAUUUCCAAUACUCCACGCCAAUCCAUUGCGUCCUAUACAAAAGAAGAUUUUGAUCCUGAUUACCAAGGAUACUAUAAAGCUAAAGAACGUAAUAAAAAGCGCAUUGAUUACUAUCACAAAAAAGAAGAAGAACUUCAGCAACAACAUAGUGAACCAAUCAAAAAUCAAAAAAUAUCAGAGACUAAUACAUGUCAAAUGUCCUCAUUAAAUUCCUAUACCAAACGAAAUUCUUCCUCUGAAUCCUCUUCCGCAGUCCAAGCAAUGUCAAACACCACUUCUACUAGCACGUAUGACACCAAUUCAACGCAUGCCUCAAGGUCAUCAUAUCAAAACAAUACUCGUUCCGUUAAGUCUGAUGUCAAGGUCGACUUGCACGAAGUCAUUGAAGAAACAACUGAAGAGCUUGAACAUUCUGAAGUACUAUUUCCACCACCAUCACCGCUAAGUCACCUUCAUGGAAAAUCCGCUUCUUCCGGUUUGCACAAGGCUGAUACGAUACCUAAAUAUCAACGCAAUUGGACAGUAUUACCUACUCAAAGUCCUGCUCGUACUCCAGAACCACCAGAGCUUCGUGAAAAUAUUCCACUUGCUUUUGUAGAUGCACCAGUCACUAGUUCAUCAAGUAACCCAGUACAUAAACCAGUAGCCCAAAGCUGUACAACAAUAGCAGCUUCUCAACAAUAUCAACAGCAACAUGAAAAAAUAUCAUCUGCAAAUCGUGAUUCGAUUAAAAGUACAAGUAGCAAAUCGUCUUCUCAAGAGCAAUCAAAAUUGUUAAUGCAAAACAAAAAACCUAUCGUACCUAUCAUAAUUGAAGAAAAAAUAGCGCCCCAAGUAACAAUGGCUUUUCAAUCCUUAGACGAACAUUUGCAAACUGACGAGUCACAAACACUAAGUCGCCCUUAUACGCCUUCAAUUAGCUCAAAACCAGUCCCAGUAAUUCCCUAUUAUCAAACACCGGAAGCGCUGUGCUUUGACGAGUGCCCUGCGACCCAUGCUCGUAAUUACGAUCGUCGGUCAGCUUCACCAUUUCCAGAUCGUGCACGAUCUCCUGCUCCGGGUCCACCACCAAACCCAUUAGCAGCUAUACGUUCAUCAAAACCCAUAGAUAAUAAGUUAUCUUCCUUGUCUCCGCGUGUUCUUCAAGCCGGCUCAAUUACUACUGGACAAAGUUAUUUAGGUGCUCAACAACAGCUGCAGCAGCAGCAACAACAAACACAAAUAUUAUCACACUACGAACAAGCAAUCAGUACAGGAAGUCAAAGCUGCAUUAAUAAACCCGAUACAAUUAAAACCUGUGAAAUUGGUGAUUACAAGGUACAAAGCACUGAAAAAGAAGUCCAAAAAGUUCAUCAAAAUCAAUCAAAAUUAGAUAGCCAAACGAAAAUUCAACUUGGAAAUACUCAGAUUGAGAGUAGGCGACGAGUAACUGAGGAAUAUGAACACACCCAAAGCGCCCGUUCGGUAGAGAUUCGCACUGAUUCAAAAACUAUCAAAUCGAGCCCUGCAAGUGAACGUCGCCAAUCGUACGGGAAAACGGGAUAUGUCGCUAAUCAGGCACGUCGCUUAUCUGGUUUAGAGCAGGAGAUUACCAAUCUGACUAGUCAAUCUCAGGCCAUUAGUGCACGAGCAGCCACACUAACUGAGACAUCAUUUCCUCAAAUAAAGUCGCCCGAACCAUCAUCGAAAUUUCCGACUAAACCGGUGUUACCUCCUCACGAUGAACCUCAACGUCCAAACUAUUUAUUUUCUGCGACCCCUUAUAACAAAAUGGUUGGUCCGCCACCAGGAUUUAAUGAACAACAGCAACAGUUAUCACCUGCCAUACACUUGUCAAGUGCAUAUGGAUCAUCUGUGGUUUCGCAACAACAGCAAUCAUUAAGCACAUAUUCAAGCAGCAACUUCACUUCUUCCUCAAGCAAAACAUCAUCAUUAUCAUCGCAAGCUAAUGCCACUAAUGUUGGAAGUCUAACAAAAGCUUCUAUUACUAAUAACAAUAUAGCUGGAGCGGCAAGUGCCAGGACCACCGGCGCCAGUGCCGUUUGCCCCGUAACGGGUACAUUCUGUCGUCCGGGCCACACUUGCUGCAGACAGCAACAGUUGCUAGCGCAAUCUUCUGCAACUGACGUAGUUAAUUCUAAUCAAAAUAAUCACUUAACAUAUCGGACGAACGCUUCCACAGGUUUAACGGAUAUAAAGACUAAUGCGCAAGCUACUACUAUCGCUACCGCUAAUGCGGCUAAUGCCAUUGACACAGGGUCAUCGCAAGCGCCACAUACCGCUACAGCCGCUGCGGCUACAGCAAGCGCAACUACAUCAUUUCCGCCACCUAAUACCGUUGAUAAAAACAAGUCUAACGCUGGUCUCGAUGGCUUAACAGGUGUUGGAGGCAAAGGAGCAUUUGGUGCUACUUCUGCUCCUAAGCGCGGUCGUGGAAUCUUUAACAAAGCAGUUGGUCCUGGUGUUCGUGUACCCUUGUGCAGUAGCUGCAAUAUCCAGAUCAGAGGACCUUUCAUUACGGCAUUGGGACGUAUCUGGUGUCCGGAACACUUCAUUUGUGUAAAUGCCAACUGUCGUCGUCCAUUGCAGGACAUUGGAUUCGUUGAGGAGAAAGGCGAUCUUUAUUGUGAAUACUGUUUUGAGAAGUAUUUAGCUCCUACAUGUAGCAAGUGUGGAAGCAAAAUAAAGGGUGAUUGCUUGAAUGCCAUCGGCAAGCAAUUCCAUCCAGAAUGCUUCACAUGUGGUCACUGUGGUAAACUUUUUGGCAACACCCCUUUCUUCUUAGAAGAUGGCAAUGCAUACUGCGAAGCGGAUUGGAAUGAACUUUUUACAACCAAAUGCUUCGCUUGCGGAUUCCCAGUUGAAGCAGGUGAUAGAUGGGUCGAAGCGUUGAACCAUAAUUAUCACAGUCAAUGCUUCAAUUGUACUUAUUGUAAACAAAAUUUGGAAGGCCAGAGCUUCUACAAUAAGGGCGGCCGUCCCUUCUGUAAAAAUCACGCGCGCUAAACAAUUUGUAACGUUAUGUAACUGUACAUCAGGGAUCACGGAUAUAACAAUACCACCCCACUUACAAAAUAUGCAAAAAUCCUCGAAAAAUAACAAAAACCUCGAAAAGAAACAUUUCUCAGUCUCAAUAUCACGAUUUCUGAAUUAAAAUAAUAAUUCUGAGUUAAGUUAAUAAUUUUUGGCGUUAUUUUGGGAAACCAAAUUAACACAACUUUAAAUCUAAAUGUAUUAGCUGUACAUGACUAAACGAGAACUCGAACGAAGCUUAAGUACAGUGAAAUUCUCUCCACCCUUGGACGUUAAAAUAUCAAACAAUUACUUACAAUCGCGCAUAAUGUGAAUAACUGCAACGUGCAUACAUGUGAGACCAUAUACAUACAUAUGCAAAACAGUCUCUAGCGAUAUUUUAAUUGUAUUGUAAAAUAAAAGUAAAUAUCUAGAAUUGUAAUCCCGUUUUAUCAAAUUGAUUUUAAAUCGUUUUAAACUAAUUGUGUUUUAAUUAAAUGUGUUUUUACUUUGUUUUAGUUUUUUUUUUUUUGAGGCGAAGGCCUUGUAUUUUCAGCCUCAUUGAAUAUACAUACAUUCAAAUUUAAUUACAUAUACAUAUAUAGCUAUUUCUGAAGUCCCUUGUCAUAAAUGGCGAAUGUUAAUUAAUAAUAAAAGGAAGCUUUCCGAGUUCGAUAA